AUGUUUAGAGUCGGUGAUAAUUUACGCAGCAUUAAUCCAGAGGCUUAUGAUCCAGAAAUAAUAGCCAUUCGACCAUUUCACCGCCGUAAACCUAACUUGCAACACAAAUUCAGUUUGUUCAACAUGAUCAAGAUCAAUUAUGAAGACAUCAUCAUUUUUCUAGUAAAGCCUUUACUGCAAAAUAGCAUUUUCCGAGUGAAAGAUCUCCCUACUAAUGCUCACCAUCUUCUUGGCAUCCAGUUUUCUUCCUUUGCAACGGUAUUAUCUCAGAUGGAUACUGGAAAUCCAGAUAACGUGGCUAAUAUAAAUUCAGCUGUAGAGCUCAAGAAGGCAGGAAUUUCCAUCCAAAAGUCAGAAUAUCAUAGUUUGUUUCAGACCCAGCUGCACAAACAUAACAUGUUGAUAUGUAUAUAA